AUGGCCGAAACCACUGUAACAGUCGCUUCCAUGGAUAUCUCAAUGGGCCUUGAUACCAAGCCAACCGACCAUCAUCCUUCUGAAAAACAAGGAUGCUAUACAAUCGAGGCCGCCUCUCCCUGUGAAGACGUCGACAUGGCCACACCAUCCGCAGUCUCCCUCAACCAUUCCCCUAAAGUCACCACUCUCAAAGGAGCUAAAAACAACAUUAUGAUUGGCGCCACUCCUCUCCCCCACCCACUCUCCAUGAGCACCGACAGCAACUCUCUCCACCACUUUCAGACCAACGCCGCCUCUCCAAUGUACACCACGCCAACCUCCAACUCUGCCUACGUCCAUGCUGCACUCGGCCCUCUUCUCAGCGACUCUGCCGCGACUGUUCCUAGCUCAGCAACGGCUGCCUUUAUGGCGUUGCACGGACACACCAUCGGGGUUUACGAGUCUCCACGACGAAACUCUGUUCCAACCUUGACUGCUGAGCACAAGCGCAAGGUGUCCUCAGAAGAAAAGACGUUGCAUCGCCAGGCAUCAUGGUCCAACUUCUCCUCAGUGUCCACUCCCUUGAGCUCGUUUCCUACUACAACAUCCCUCCCAAACCUUCACCAAAUUAACACCGCCCAUGUAGAUCCCAACAUGAUGCAGUAUUAUCGCACACAAUUCUCACAGCAACAGGCUCUGCACCAUAACUCACCACACCACUCUCUCAACCAAGCACUGCCUCCAAGCACCAACUCGUCCGCAUGUCCAUCGCCCAUGCCCGAGUCGCUUAUGCAUGGAUCCAUCUUGAACAGUAUCAAUUCUUCACCAGUUGCAGGAGCGGGUAGCAAGAAAUUCGGUCGCUCGGACAACCACUCGACACCCCUCAAAUCGCAAUCCAGGAGAGGAGCAAAAGCAGGAGGAGCUGCCGAACGUCGCCGACGAGGAGCAAGUCGACCAAUUGAAGGAAGACGCGGAAGCGGCAGUGGCGAUGACGCUAUCAAGAAGGAGGUCGAGGACACCGAUGAGCUGCAGCCGGUUCUCAGCUCUCAGGAUCCACGGGACCCAGAGGGACUUUCAUCAAUGGCUCACCACCACCAUCACAUCCACGGAUAUGGCGCGAUGCAUCGUGGCCACGGCGACCACGACGAUGACUACUCGCCUACGCGGUCUCCUGGUGGCACUCCCCUGGGACAACCGUCGAGCAUGGGCGAGGAUGAGCACUUUGGCUUGAUAAGCCAUUCUGGCUACUCGACCUUUGCCAACAACACGUUGUACUCGAUGAACGACCCUAUGGAGCACUUGAGCGGCAUGGUUCCCCGAUUCGACCACAUCCGCCUGGAUCUCAAGUCUGUUGCCCCGAGCGAUAUCCACAAGUCUUCGUGUGCCUAUGAAGACGAGUCCUCUGGAAGCGGAAACCCCAACGGUGAAUCCCCGCACGCAUCACCUAUGCCCCAUUACGAACAUUUUGCGUUUCCCUCGUCAAUUUCGACUCACUUCAUGCCCAUGAUGAACGGGGGGUUCUCCAUGGACAACUCGGACAUCCACCGCUCCCAGCAUUCUCUGCACCACCCCAGCUCAGCAGGCCCUGACUCUGCUUCGCCCAGCUCUUACUCUUCGUUGCCCUCUGCCGACUCUUCAGCAUCAUCAGCAUCCUCGUUUCAUCUUCACCAUCACCAUGGAUAUCAUCCUGACAGCUACCAGUUUGGCGCCAAUGGACUGCACUCGAUGAACUCAGACCUUCAUUAUCCACCAGCCUCGCCCAUGAACGAGGAUGGAUCUAUGAACCCUCACCACUCUCAUCAACAUCACUCUCAUCAUCACCACCCUCACCCACUCCAUCCUCAAUCAUUCCACCACUCUCACCCCCAUCAAUCCGACUUUUAUGAUUCCAAGGCGGCCAACCCCCAGAUGCUCCAGCAUCCGUUCCCGUCCUUGCAACACCCUUCAGCAUCUGCACUUCCACCCCAUCCAUUAAUGUCCACAUCCCCAUUCACUGCUCCUGGAGGUCUCAAUGAGCCCCUCUACUCUUCGACUUCUUCUACUUCAUCCUCCUCAAGCCUUGCCGGAUCACGCGGUAAGAAAGCCGCGACCACGCCAGACAGCAUCAACAGCAAUGGCAGCAACGCCAGCACCAAAAGCGUCAGUAGUAGCAGUUCCAGUAGCACUACAAGCAGCACCAACGGCGCGAGUGGCAGUACCAAUGCCGGCAGUGGAAGUAGUGGCGGUGGAAGCAAACAUGGUGGUUCUGGAAAGCACCAUACUUGCUCCGAGAUUGGAUGUUCGAAACGAUUUAAGCGGUUGGAGCAUCUGAAGCGACACAUCAAGACCCAUACCCUGGAGCGACCUUUCAACUGCCCCUACGCGACCUGUACCAAGAAGUUCUCUCGCUCUGACAAUCUCUCGCAACACGUCAAGACGCAUCAGAGGCAGUUGAACAAGCUGCAGAUGAAGCAGCGGAAUCAGGCGCAGGCACAACAGCAGCAGCAGCAGGCACAACAACAGGCUGUGCAUAGCUGA